UUGUUUGUAUUUGCUACAGAAAAUUUUCAGAGUAGGAAGAAGAAAGAGGGGAAACUUGUUUGCUUGCCACUUUUAUUAUUUUUGUAUUAUUAUUUGUUUCUUUGAGGACUAUAAGAUAGACUCUGUGGCUUCUGAUUCUCAUUUCUCACCACCCAAAUCAUCAAAGUUGAAUUUUUCACACAGUUGUUGAGCUUGUUCACUCUGAUAGGUCAAAGGCUCACAUUUUAUCUUUGUCUGAAUUUUGUUGUUUGUUUGAUUUCUGAUUUUGGUACAUGGGUUGGUUUCAAGGAAGAUUCUUGAUCUUUUUUACAGGGUGAAAAAAAAGUAGGGUUUUGGUUGGAGGAAUUCAUGGCUGGGAUUGGGGUAGGAUUUAACAAGGGUUUGAGUGGAAAAGCUUUGAUUUUUAUUGCUUUACUUGCUUUUGCUUGUGGGAUUGUUUCAGCUCAAGAGAAUCUUGAGCAAGUGAUUACUACAAAAGGAAAUGGUGCCUUUGAAUCUGAUUAUUCCACAAGAAUAAUCAGAUUCUUGAAGCAAAGUAGAGAGUUGCUUGCAAGAACUGUUUGGCCUGAUAUUGAAUUUGGAUGGAGAAUAGUUCUUGGUACUGUGGUUGGAUUCUUUGGUGCUGCUCUUGCUAGUGUUGGAGGUGUUGGCGGAGGUGGCAUUUUCGUUCCUAUGCUGUCGUUGAUCAUAGGGUUCGACCCCAAAACUUCGACUGCUAUAUCAAAGUGUAUGAUAACUGGUGCUGCAUUCGCUACUGUAUAUUACAACAUCAAGCUCCGACAUCCUUCCCUCGAUCUCCCCAUAAUUGAUUAUGAUUUAGCUCUUCUUUUCCAGCCAAUGCUGAUUCUUGGCAUUAGCAUUGGAGUUGUUUUCAAUGUGAUUUUGGCAGAAUGGAUGGUAACUGUAUUGCUCAUAGUUCUUUUCAUAGCUACCUCGACAAAGGCAUUCUUCAAAGGUGUCGAAACAUGGAAGAAGGAAACCAUAAUAAAGAAGGAAGCUGCUAGGCGGUUUGCAUCUGAUUCACAAGCUAAUGGAAGCGAAGAAGCUCCAUACAAGCUUCUACCAACAGGCCCUGCUGAUGAAAAUCGAGUGAAUCUAAACGAGGAAAAACCAUUGAAGGUUUCAGUAAUCAACAACGUAUCGUGGAAGAAGCUCAGCUUUCUCCUUGCUGUCUGGCUCAUCAUAUUCUUGCUCCACGUCUCCAGGGACUUCAUGAACACUUGUUCAGUUGCAUUUUGGACAGUAACAUUAUUGCAGAUUCCUGUUACAAUUGGAGCCUCGGGAUAUCAGGCUGUUUGUUUAUACAAGGGUUGGAGCGUGGUUGCAUCCAAAGGAGAACCGGGAAUUAAUUGGACAGUAUACCAGCUGAUUCUUUGCUGUUUCUGCGGAGUAUUAGCUGGCGUAGUAGGCGGUCUGCUAGGCCUCGGAGGAGGAUUCAUCUUAGGCCCGUUGUUCCUCGAACUAGGAGUUCCACCACAGGUUUCGAGUGCCACAGCAACACUGGUCAUGGCAUUCUCGGCGUCCAUGUCUGUCAUACAAUACUACCUCUUGAGGCGUUUCCCUCCAUCCUAUGCCCUUUAUUUUGUCGUAGUGGCUACCUUUGCUGCAUUGGUGGGACUGCACGUGGUAAGGAAGAUCGUGAGCAUACUUGGUAGGGCGUCGUUGAUCAUCUUCAUCCUCGCCUUCACCAUCUUUGUGAGUGCGAUUUCACUAGGUUGGGUUGGCAUCCAAAACAUCAUCGGAAAUGUCGACGGCGGAUAUGAAAUGUGGUUUUACAACUUUUGUGAAUACAACAAGCUUUAGUUGCUGCCUCAGAAGAUCAUUUCAUGCACAUACUUUUGUACUAUACUUUUCUCUGUUGUGAGAAAGCUUAUAUUUUCAUUCUUGGUGGCAUAAGUACUAAAAUCAAGAAUUAAUAUGUCAAUAUAUCUUGAAUUUAUCA